CUCGGAGUGCGGGAAACCUACUCUAUUCUUCCCCGACCCUAUUGGAGGAAGCUGCUGCCUCCGGCGCCUGUGGCGGACGGAUUAAAUCGCCAGAGUCAUAAAUUGGAAGUCAAAUUUAGGACAUUUAUUAAAGUCUCGUUAUAAGAAACAUGCAGCUGCUUCCGUUUUUCGUCCUCUGUUUGUUUCGUUUCCUCGUCUGUUUAAUUCGUCACGAUGCGCAAGUCUGCGCUUCUCUCUCUCAUGUCCGGGGCAUUCGGUGGAGUGCAGUCUCUCGCGUUCCGGACUAUUUCCCAAAGCUGUACUGGUAGCUUUACUCCCAUUUCUGCAGCCGCCGCAUUUGCGGCGUUGGAUCCCGGGUGGAAUUUGGGAAAUACUCUUGACGCAACCCCGGAUGAAGGUUCCUGGAACAACGCUCGAGUGCAAGCCACGACUUUUAGUCAGAUCAAGGCGAAGGGAUUCAAGAGCAUCAGAAUACCCGAUUUGCAGACUUAUGAUAAAAAUAUAGUGACUUGGGCAUACCACUUUGUUGACUCUUCGCCAACAUGGACCGUUAAUGCCACUUGGAUGGACAGAGUGGAGACGGUGGUUGACCAGGCAUUGGCUCUUGGUGUCUCUGUGAUUCUGAACGUGCAUCACGAUUCAUGGAUCUGGGCAGAUGUCACAGCGUCCAAUGCCAACCUUACCCAAAUCGAGGAGAAGUUCACUCGUCUCUGGAGCCAGAUCGGAACAAGAUUCGCAUGCAAAUCAUCCAAGCUGAUCUUCGAAGCCAUCAAUGAACCACCUGGAUCUACACAAGCCCACGGAGACGAACUGAACAAGUUGAAUGACAUGUUUUUGCAGGCAAUAAAUGCUGCUGGGGGUUGGAAUUCCCAGAGGGUGGUGAGCUUGAGUGGACUAGGCAUGGACACGGUCAAAACGAGCCAAUUCUUCGUGAAACCAGAAUUGUUCCCGAAUCAACCCUGGGGGCUGCAAUUCCAUUAUUAUUCUCCAUACGACUUCGUCACGUCAGCAUGGGGGAAAACAAUAUGGGGUUCAGAUUCCGACAAGGCUGCCCUUGUUUCCGAUUUCCAACUCUUCAAAUCCAAUUUCACCAGUGUUCCAGCUUUUGUGGGAGAAUUUGGUGCUUCGCCAGUUACCACCGAGCCAGCCGCGCGUUGGAAGUGGUUUGACUUCAUUGCCCGCACUGCUAAAUCCUUCAACUACCCCUUGAUACUGUGGGACAGCGGAGCUGAUGAUUUCAAUCGCCCAGCGAAUACCUGGAACGAUCCCGUAACACUUGACGUAUGGUUCAACGCUGCCGCUGGAAUAAACAACACACUCGCAGACAGCACGACAGAUCCGCAGGCGACGAGUCAGAUUACCGGUGCUUCUCUCUUCCACAAAGUUGGCGAGCCGGUCUAUUCUCAGUCAGUUACGUAUCUGAUGAAUGGCAACACUUUGACCUCGGUCAAGACCUCCGCUGGGACGGCUUUGAGUUCUUCACAAUACUCGAUGCCGGGAGGGACUUUGACUCUUUCGGAGACCUAUCUUGCCACGCUGUAUAAUCUUACCUCAACGCCAGGCAUCAAAGAAACACUCACCCUAACCUUCAGCUCCGGGACAUCACUCACUCUCCAAAUCGUGCAAUACUCAACCCCCACCAUGGCCACCACAACGUACAAAAUCGACACCUCCACUGAUCUCCAGAUGCCAAUAACUUAUGCUGGACUCCCGGUGGUUGCAGCAGUGAAAGCCAUACUUACUGAUGGGUCCUUCCUGGUUGAUGAUUGGACAAAAUAUUUAGGGCCACUGCAGCAGGGACGAUGGUCAUUUGGUGAUUGGAGUUGCGAUAAAGGGACUUUCUCAGUGAAUGUCCAGGGCUUACAGGUGAUGAAAGCGGCGAAUCAGACGGUCACUUUGACGCUGGAGUUCUUCCCGCGAAGUUUGGGAGCGAAUUUACUGAACAUUACUUUCACUCAAUGACUGGGAUCUGAAUUAGGUUACUGUGUUGACUUGAACAUAUUUGCGUUAGAAGUCUGGUUAGGUUUCUAAAUUUGAUAAAGAAUCUCGUGACAAGGUCUUCUCGCCGCAGAAAUGGAAAUGAAUGCGGGACUUCGGCCAGAAGCGCUCACUAUUUUCGGGGGCUCCCUCUUGCCGAGUUUCGGCUCAAAAUUU